GAUCGUCGGCAAAAUCGAUUUUAACCCUAAGGGAAGGUUAACAUUUUGGGCGUGAUCAACAGAAAUUGUUACCCCUAAGAGAUAGCAAAUUGGGUGUGGUCGAAGGAAUUUUUAACCCUACGAGAUAGUAGAAUCGGAAGAAAACGAAAUCCUUUAACAACCCCUAAGGGAUGGUAGUUGGUCGAAAUUUUAUACCCUCCAAGAUGUGACGACCACCCCCGUCUACUUUUAUGGAGAGUCAACCCCCCCCCCAAGGGAAUAAAUUACUGUGAAAGCUCUGCCACCCCAGGGGCCUGGUGCUCGCAAAGGUAUCCAAAAGCUAUCGGUGUGUGAUCACGCCAGUUGUGACUUAGUUUGUAUUAUGGGAUACGGGUGUACUGUCGCUAUCCCCAACCGAGGAAUUCCGAGCGAGCUGGAAGCGAAUUAGUUCAACUUUCAGGGCGGUCAGGCAGUCGGAGUAGGCUACGGUUCUUCUCUGAUUGUAUGGUAGGAAACUGAGCCUACUCGUCCAAAUAGUUUAGAAUUUCAACCAGACUACAUUGAGGACACAAAAAUCAAAUAUUAUUGUGAUUCUUAAAACAUUAUUUCAUAGUAUAAUGAUAGGCUCAUUCUAACUCCAUAUGUUUAAUACAAACUAAGUCACAACGUAGCGUGAUUACACACUGUGAGCUUGGGAUACCUGUUGUUAUCUAUUUUUUUAAAUAGGAACCUUGUGAUAAGUGUCUCCUUGUAACCAUCAACUGGCCUAAAUAAUCUAUUAAAAAAAAACUAUUAUUUUGAUCGCCGAACCGUUGAACUUGUGGGCAUAUACUAUUGAUCAUCACGUGACUUCAAAUGCAAUGAUCAUGUUUUAAAGUUGUAAGAAAUGCAAAAACAAAAGAGAGGCUGGUGCAGUUCUUUAAAGUUCUUAAUAAUAACGCUAAGUUUUAGUUGAGAAACGAUUCUCGAAACAAUCGCAACUAAUACGCAUACACAAACACGCCUGGGGUCAAAUGAUGCCGAUAGUCAACAUAGUCAGCAUCAAUGUCUUCAAAUUCGAGCUAGGUAUUAAGAUGCUACCACGUGCUGUUAUUACCGUUGCCAUGGUAAUAGGAUUUUGCUACGCGACGUCUAUUCAGAAUGUCUUCACCUCUUUUCAAGGAUAUACACUAACAAACCACGUGAUGAGCACAUGCCUGGUCAGCGGCGUCCUCGAAUGCGGAAUGCUAUGCGCGCGCAAUCAGACGUGUCGCUCAUACAACUAUUACCAUGACGACAGCGACCAGCAGGUCUGUGAGCUGAAUUACCAGACAAAACAAGGAAAGGAGAGCUACUUUAAGCAAGACAAAACUGCUGAUUAUUACCAGAAGGAUCCCUGUGUACUAAAUCCAUGCUCCUCACAUGGAUGGUGUGAGGCAGUUAAUGUUCCAAUAUCAAAUGACACCUACUACGUCUGCACAUGCUUGCCUGGAUUCACCGGAAGAAACUGCGAGCACACUCAAAACGGCUGGUCACGUGACCACCCGGCCUUGUCUUGCAAGGCAAUCAUCGGCAUGGAUCACGUGACUGACGGUUACUAUUGGAUACAACCCAACGUCACGUGGGAGGCGUACAAGACAUACUGUGACAUGACAACUGAUGGCGGUGGCUGGCUUAUUGUAUCCAAUAUAGAGGUGACAAAUACGACUCAACCUCCCUCCCUGAUAAUGGGCACUACAGUAGACAGCUACAUCAACAGUGUAAUGUCCUACCCGCAAAAUUUCGCCAUCUCGCCCCAGAUCCUCCUCGCACUUCUACGGGCGCUGCACCUGACGCAAAUUCGUUUCCAGUGCUCCAAGCAGAGCAAGCGAAAGCUCAAUGUCUACAGCAGUGCCGAUGCCAAGGGAUAUCCCGUGCUUCAUUACUUCAACGGUCAGACGGACGCCAGACCAGAGGCCUGUGCCUCGUUUACGAGAGGGCAAGAAGACUCUUCUGUGCUAGGAACUAACUGCACAGAGUGGGGCAUGGGAAACAUGUGGGGGCACUCGUCCAAGAUUACCGACGACCGUCUCUAUGACGACGCGCUUUACAUGGCAAAUCACCGCUGGGCAAUAUUACCGCCGUCCACCAUGAUGUGUGAUGACGAUACGAAUGACGUCAAAGUGGGAGAUUAUUGGAAAAUAUAUGUGCGUUAAGAUGACAUCAGGGUUAUGUCUAGGAAUUAAAUACGAGUUUUUUUUUGCCUCACGAGUGCAAAAUAUGAUGCGAAUACCAAGUUACAUAUAAUUUGCAUAUAAUGAAUUACACAUUUAAAAUUUAAAAGGUGAUAUGACAGUAUUGGUGCAGUAUUGAUGAUGGUUUCAUGAUGAUGACGAAUGGAAGUAAAUGAUGACGAAUGAAGUGAUGAUGAUGGUUUCAUGAUGAUGACGAAUGGAAGUGAUGAUGAUGGUUUCAUGAUGAUGACGAAUGAAGUGAUGAUGGUUUCAUGAUGAUAUCGAAUGGAAGUGAAGAUGAUGGUUUCAUGUUAAUGACGAAUGAAGUGAUAAUGAUGGUGUCAUGAUGAUGAAGAAUGAAAGUGAUGAUGACGGUUUCCUGAUUACAAAUGGAAGUGGAGAUGUUGGUUUUAUGGUGAUAAUGUUGACAAAUGGAAAUGAUGAUUAUGGUUUCAUGUUUAUGAUGAUGACGAAUGGAAGUGAUGAUGAUGGUUUCAUGUUUAUGAUGAUGACGAAUGGAAGUGAUGAUGAUGGUUUCCUGAUGAUGACAAAUGGAAGUGAAGAUGAUUAUUUGAUGAUGGUGGUGCAGAUACAAAGUUGAUGAUGGUAUAUCAAAAACUACCUAUCAAUUGAUGAGAGUGAUUUUCAAAAUCCCGUAAAAAAAUAAUUAAAAUGUUAUAGUCAAGCCAGACCAAUAAAGCGUCGCGAAAUAUAGCCGUCCUAAAACCGCGAAAUUUUGACGUCGCGAAAAUUAAGUGUAAUAAGGUAAAUAGUAUUUCACGGGUUUUUGAAAAACCACUCUGUUCCAAGUGUAAAGUGCUUAAUCGUUAUAAAGGUGUUGUAACAUUCUUAA